AUGUCACCAAACUCCACCUUGUCAAUGGACUUGCCGUAUCGCUCCCUUGAAGAGGACCAAGUCAAAGUUGUGGAAGUGUCUGGGGUUGACAACCCAACUGUGAGGUUCCGCUUCAUUGAUACACCAGGUCUCAAUGACACCCAGGAAGACGACUAUUCUAUCAUGAGUCGAAUUUUGGGCCGAGCCGCUGACAUUGGUCACAUCAAUGCCCUGGUCUAUGUUCGCAGUGUUGAAAAUCAUUUUGGCUCGUCGUUCAAGAGCUUCUUUAGAUACAUUCAGCAGUCCAUGCCCAAUAUCUGCAGCGGCCUCAUUGUGGUCCACUCUUGCUUUACGGUGGAUAACGUUGAGGAAUUUCUUGAAGAGGAUCAGAAGCUGGAAGACAUCCGACGACAGGCUUUCCAAGCGGCCACUCAGUUGGAGCUCGAGCACUUCUUCAUGGACAACUCUCCAGACCCCACGUCUCCAUUUGCUGUUGUUCAGUCCCUCAAUGAGAUCCAUCGCUUCAUACAACAUCUGAGCUCUCAAAAACCUUUGCCAGUCAAGAACAUGAAGCUUCUCAAGACGGAAAUCAUGCGCCACAAGGAUAUACUUGUUGUUAACGCCCUGCGGAGGCUUGGUCAAAGCCUAGACAGAGAAAGGAACGAGAAGAAAGGCACAAUGGAUCUAGUGAAGUCGAAUAUCAUCGCAGCGCAGCGAGAGUGCGGCAAAUUACAGCGCAAGAUUGAUGCUCGCCAAGCACAGAUCCAAGCUCUCAAGACCGACGAUGAGAUCUUACUGGGGAAAAAGAGUUGUGUUGCGCACUACAGCUUUGUCGGGGACCUGCUUUUUCAAGGAAACUUAAACUUGGGCAGCAAGCAACUUACAUACAAAUCAGACUACAUACUUUCAUCCGUCACCAAAACCUGUUCACCUGGUAGCAAAUGGCUGGAGGAGGAGCAGCGAGACAUCAACGGCACGGCCACAUUCUACACGACUAGUAGGCUUAAACACAAACGGGAAAUUGAGGCUCUAGAAGCAUCUGUGGCAGAUUUGCGAGACCAGCUCGUGGCUCAAAAGAAGUCGCUGUCGCGGAACUCAGGUGCUAGCGGCCCCGACGCCAGUCUUACGAGUAUGGGCGACAGAGUCUCUCGGCUUGAAGAGAUUACGGAAUUGGUUGAGCGAGAUUCGUUUGAUCUGACACUCUGGCCAGUGUUGAGAGGCUUUUAUACCAAGCACUCACUGCCUACCCGGGAUGACAUUCGGGGAUUUAUUCAAUUCUAUGAUGAGGAUAUUGGGAAACUGUUAUAG